AUGGCGUACAAUCACCGCAUGAGCAUGGCUGGCUCCCAGCAACAAAACCGGGGCCGCAAAAAGGAAGACGAUAAUGAUGCGCUGAUGCGCCUGCCCGACAAAGAGAUUGCAGGAUGCAUCAACGACAUUGGAAUCCCCUUUAGCCCUGCCGAUCUUGCCAAACCGAACCCGCAGCAAAUUCAGAUGGUCUUCGAGUGGUUCGCGGAGCUUCUCAUGAAUGUCACCCGCGAGACCGUCGAGCCAGGAAUGCACGCAGCUGCAGAAGACAUCUGUGGCGACUAUCCUGACAUCGUCCCUAACGAUACGCGCAACUUGAUGGGAUUCUUUAUAAGUAUCCGACGGCUACUUUCAGAGUGCGGCGUCAAUGACUUCACGUUCACCGAUAUGACCAAACCGACCCACGACCGACUCGUCAAGAUCUUCUCGUACCUAAUCAACUUUGUCCGCUUCCGCGAAUCGCAGACCCAAGUGAUCGACGAACAUUUCAACAAGACGGAGAAAACUAAGACGCGAAUCGAGGAGCUUAUGGCCGAGAACCAGGAGAUGCAACAACGGCUGGCCGAGAUGCGGCGAGAACAGCAAAUAAAUGAGGUUCAGGUUCGAGAGAAAGUCACUCGGAAUGAUGAGCUCAAGGCUCGAUUAUUGGAAUUGGGCCGAGAGCAGUCACGAGUGGCAGAAACGCUGGACCGGGUGAAGACUGAACGAGCGCGACGCCAACAACAAUUGGAAGAAAAGACCGAGAGGACUGUCCGGAACCGACAGGAAGCGGAGAAACUGCGACCGUACACCCUGGAAUCACCAGCGACCCUGCAAUCCUCAUUAACCGAACUGGGCGAAAAUCUCAUGCGCGAGAAAGCGCAUAUUGACGCUAUGGAGAAACGGGCUCGGGCGCUACAGACUUCGUCCGACACGUUUACAGUAGUCUCCAACGAAGUCCAGGCAUGCGUUAAGCUGCUGGAUGAUAUCUCUACCGAGCUACAAAAAGAAGAGGAAGAACAGUCCCGUGCCUCUCGUAAUAGGGAGGCCAUUUCUGAUCGCGGGGCCAGUGUCCGCGAGGUUGAGCAAACAGAGAAACUCCUGCAGCGGCAAUUAGCCCGUUGGAAUGAGCGGAUCGAACACCUUCGCAAGAAUGCACAGGAGAAAGCCGAGCUGGCGCAAGCGCGGAUGGAAGAACUUCGCAAUGUACAAAAGCAAUUGCGUGAAGAACGUGCUGAGAAGCAGCGCGAUAUGGAGCGGCGACGGAUUCGCAUCGAGCAAACAGAGAAGAAGAAUCAGAUGGUCGAUCUCAAGGAGAAUAUCGAAGCGGAAAUCCAAGCAGCACAUGACCAGUACCUCAAGCUGGAGUCACACAUUAAGCUGUACAUUAGAGAGAUGGAGAAAUCACUCGGAGAUAGUAGGAUCUGA